AUGUAUAACGAGCACACCCUGACCAGCGUGUCCUUUGAAAAUACAGGCAAUCUGUACUGUGUCAACAACCUCCGCCAUGGCGUCGGCGUCAUGCCGUACGCGCACGUAAGAGACAACGUAAAUGCUACUCCUACAGGCUCUGGUCGAGGACGUCGAGCCGCAAACCAGGAAAAUACUGGACUUACACGAGAGGAACGUCGACGGAGACGUCGUGCGACCCAGAAAUAUCGUUCGGCACAUGCAACGCGGGAGCGCGUACGCGUGGAAGCGUUCAACGUCGCUUUUACAGAACUGAGAAAGUUGCUGCCUACAUUACCACCGGAUAAGAAACUUUCGAAAAUUGAGAUCUUGAGACUUGCUAUAUGUUAUAUAUCAUAUCUCAACCACGUGUUGGAGCUCAGCUAA